AUGGCAGGAGGUCGUCCUGCAGCAGGUUGCUGCUGUUUCACCAACAACGUCAGGCUCCCGAUUUUAAUCCUAACCACAUUCUGCGUCGCCGCUCUGUACUCAACACUGUUAGUUUUCAAUCUUGUAGCUAUAUUGGACCCAGAAAUCGAACUGAGGCCCGCUCCAGGUCUGGAUUCCUUACACGGAAGCUCUUAUAAAGGUUGGUUUCCCGUAUCCCUUUAUAUAAUAGUUUAUCUCAUAAUUUCAGGAUACGAUCGUUUAAAACGAGAUUUGGCGGAUAGAAGAGUUCCUUCAAAAGUUGUAAGAUUUGAUCAAUCAACUGAAGAUGAAGACGAAGGUCAUCCUAUCCUUCCACCUACCGAAAAACCGGCUCCCGUAACUACAACACAAGCUCCAACAACCAAGAAAACGGAGAAACCAGUACCAAUCUUCAUUACGAAUAGUCCAGAAACGACGACGACCAAAGUGGAAAGAGCAACAACGACACGAAUUGAAACGACUACAGACGAUGUCGUCGCUGGAGAAGUCCAAAGGUCAUUGAAAAAGUUACGAGAUGCCGAAGAAGGCAAACUGGAAAGCCCACCAGAAAAAGUUCAACAGGAAUUUUUUGAAAAAAAAGCAGAGCCGCUUUCCAUACGUCUGAGAAGAGGAUUGUUGUAUGCUUCGCCUGGAAUUGGAAUCAUAUUAGGAAGCUUUUUGACUAUAAACUUAACUAAAAAGUAUGGUGUCCGGAAAGUUUUCACAACUUGCAUGUGCCAAGCUUCCAUGUCGAUUCUUGUUUUCCUGUAUUUCCAAAAACGAUCAUAUUUCGUACUAACUGUCAUUCGGUUUUUCCAAGGAGUCCUGUUCUCAGCCGUUUUUCCCACCAUGGGCAGCUUGUUGAUUCAAUGGGGACCACUGAAUGAACAGCUUCUGUUCCUCACGGUCAUGCUCAUGUUUCUUUCGAUUGGACCUGUCGUGGCAUUUCCCAUUAUAAACUACUUGAAUGCAUUGGAGGUAGCACACGAACAUGCUCAUUACAUUCAAUGUGCCGUUCUAGCUUUUCUGACUAUUGUAAAUUUUAGUUGGGCUAUUUUUUACCGCGAUCGUCCACAAGAACAUCCAUGGGUCAGUGGUGUUGAACUAAAUCGGAUUGUCGCUGGAAAAGUGAAGGAACUUCAUUCAAAUCGUGCUUUAUCUGAUGCCUAUACAUCACUUUUGAAAUCACUAUCCGCAUGGAGCAUCUGGGCAGCAGCCUUCGGUCUUUUCUCAACAACCGCAUUCGUUGCAACAUAUCUUCCGUCUUUUCUGGCCUCACCUGAUAUCUUCAUUGUGGAAGGUCUUGGAAUGCAUAGCUGUCUACCGUUUAUGCUACUCCCGAUCGCUUGUGCCAUAUUCGCAUCAUUGAAUCUUCUCUUCCAGCCAUCCACCAAAAUGAUUCGAAUCUUGAACACUUUGGCUUUUGCAAUCGCCGCAGUUCUGAUAGUAGCCAUAAUUCUAGUUGGUCACCUUCAAACCAAAGCAGGACUUUUGUCCUUGCUCCUCAUUUCGAUGCUACCGUUUGCAUUAGCCAUCGUCACUGGAUUUGGCCGAAGUUUGACUGUUGUAGGAAGAGUUUUUGCGGAACAGAUCUUCGCGAUGUGUGCGAUCCCAUUCGGACUGGCAUUCACCAUUAUUCCAAUGGUUGUCACAUAUUCAAUAACGGAAAAUAAAUUGGCUGAAUGGAUGAAAGUGGCCAUGUUCCUAUUUUUCGUUUUAUCUGCAGUCGCCAUCGAAUUUGCUGUUUUCGGGAGAGGAAAAUCCGCAUCAUGGGCAGCAUCGUCUUGGGAUCCGCUUGCUGCUUCAACAAAAAUGCAAUCUUUAGCUCUUAUCGAUUUCAAUCAAGAUGAAUGCGGACUUUAUGAACUUCGUAGAAUCGAACCAAAAAAAUAA